GCGGGCAUCCUUUAGUUCAACGAUCCGCUCCUUCAGCUACACCUCCAAGCAUGCCGCCUCCCCACCGGUAGCAUCCCCGGAUUCUUUGUCAGGCACAUAAUGGGGGGCUUGUCGCCGGGAGCGACUAUAGCGAUCGGCGUCCUCGUCGGCCUCAUUUCAACAUGCGCGCAAAGCAUCGGCCUGACGUUGCAGCGCAAGUCGCACAUGAUCGAAGAUGAGAAGGAGCAUCAACAUACCCGCAGACCGCCAUACCGGCGACGGCGGUGGCAGCUCGGCAUGGCCAUGUUCAUCCUCGCGAACCUCAUCGGAAGCACAAUCCAAAUCACGAUGCUACCCCUGCCGGUGUUGUCGACACUUCAUGCUAGUGGCCUGGUCUUCAACACGAUAUGCGCCUCGGUCAUGCUCAAAGAGCCGUUCACAUACUAUUCCCUCGCUGGGACGAUCCUCGUCGCAGGAGGCGCCGGUCUUAUCGCCUACUUUGGAGCUUUGAGUGAACCGUCCCAUAACCUGGACCAGCUUCUGUCUCUCAUGGUGCGCCCCGAGUUCCUGGUCUGGUUCUUCGGGACAUUCUUCGUCAUGGCCAUCGUCGCGGUUACCAUCUGGGUAUCGAAUCGCCUCUUCAACCCGGCAACUCCACGGAUGCGACUUUUCCGCGGCAUGUGCUUUGGCUUCCUGAGCGGAGUGCUCUCGGCACAUGGACUGUUGAUCGCCAAGUCGGCCGUUGAGUUGUUUGUUCGAUCGAUCAGCGACCGGAACAAUCAAUUUAACCGGUGGCAAUCCUGGAUCAUCCUUCUUGGUCUUCUCGGGUUUGCUCUACUCCAGCUAUACUGUCUGCAUCUUGGUCUGCGGAUCGUCUCUACAAGCGUGCUAUACCCGUUCGUGUUCUGCAUUUAUAACAUUGUAUCCAUUCUCAACGGUCUCAUAUACUUCCACCAAGCAUCUCGGCUCCCCUCUCUGGAUGCAGGUCUCAUCGCGCUGGGAACCGCUAUAUUACUUUCCGGGGUUCUCGCCCUCAGCUGGCGACUAGAAGACGAGCAUGGUCUCGGCAAGGCUCCGCAAGGGCGCCCCCGAAUCACCUCUCACUUGACCGCACCAAGUGCGGUUCUCACCCCCGGCCCUGAACUUCUCGAGUUCGAGGAUGAAGCAGUCUCAGAGACUGAGCGUGACCGCCAUGCACGCUUUUCAAGAACUUAUGCCGAGGAUGUCGAGAGUGGAGUUCCAGUAAGACCUCGAACUCGAGAUCGUCCUCACCCUGGACACAGUGAAACUACACCACUCCUGCGCACUCGCCCUCGUCACCCGAACAUAUCAACACCUAAAUCCCUUUCUCCCGUCACUGAUCGCUCACUAUCAUUCAAGAAUCGUCCCGUAAGACCGAGGAGCUUGACACUGAACGUUCCAGAAGAUGCCGCCGAGAUCUGGGACGAGCUCAACGACCGAGGAGAGGACUCGAUGCGACGCAGCUCAGCCAGUAUGAUACCCAGCCGCGGUUCUCUUCGUUCCCCCGUGUCUCGGAGAGCUCGGCGAGCUCGUAUGAUGGGCGGGCCGAACCGUCGAGCCACUGCGCUUGGGCUAGAUUUCGGAACGAUCAGGACCACGGGACAGAGGUGGUGGGAUCGCAUGCAGCGGCCGAGUAUUUCGCAGGACAACGACCAUCUGGAUACAGAAGGGGAAGAGCUGUUGGUGGAUCAUGGGCGAAAUCGGAGUUGGCUUGGUGGCGAUAGCAAUGGGAACGCGCAGGAGAGGGGGGAUGACGGUCUUGGAGGUUGGUUUAAGUUGAGAUGGUGGAAACGACGGGGUAGGCAAAUAGACGACGAUGGCGGAGGUGACGCUGUAUAAUUUUGUAUCGUUUGAGUUCAUGACUGACUGGGUUGAUGCAAUGGUGAUUUUGUUGGACAAGUGAUGCCAAUAGAUUAUUCAAGAUUUAAGUCAUAACCCCCCAUUCCGGUUCGACUUCGGACAUAUCUUGCAAAGAUGUUUCUAGUAAAUG